AUGAUCUCCUCGUUUGGAAAGAAGCGUUACUACGCGUAUGCGGCGACUUUGCUGGUGGACAUCAUCGUCCUCGCUCUCUCUGCACGGGUGAACGAGUUCCAGGAGUUCUUCUUCGUGGCCGAUAAAUUCCCUUUGAUCAUGUCCAUCAUCACCCUCGUCACCCUGACCUUCACGUAUGCCCUGCCAGUUGCCGUCCUUUGUCCACCUUGGGUUAACCCUAUGAAUAGCAUCCUCCUCGACGCCUCCCGCGAGAACUCCUUCUUUGGUCGCGCUCCAUUCCAACUUUCCUGGCUCUUCAUCCUCAGCGUGUUUUGGCUCGCUUUCAACGCGUUCUCGACCUCUCGCUGGCGCCACGUUCCCCUUCAGUGCGAUGCCAUCCCCGCUGGGUUCGCAUCGGAAAAGGCUUGGUGCAAGGAUCUUCAGGCGCUCAAGUCCUUCGUCUGGGUGGAGUGGCUUCUCCUCUUCCUCAACUUCGCCUUGACCCUUCGCUACACCAUCUCCCAGUCCACGCACGGCCUGAAGCACGUGUGGAGCACGUCGCUCUCGCGUUACACUCCCCAAUCCGGCAUGGAGCACGCCUUCGACGACCGCAUGAGCUAUGGACAGCCAUCGGGCUACUACUGA